AGCGGCUGCCACCCAGCAAAAUGGCUGAUGUCACGACAGGCCUGGAAAGCCUGGAUGGGGGGGCCCUCAGCGCCCCCCAACAGACUCAGCUCAUGACCUACAAGAUCAACACCAAAAUUAACAACGAAAAAUACCUCCGGGCUCACACCGAAAUUAAGGUUCUGCUGUCUGGAUUUCUCAGAGACGUCUUGAUGAAAAGGCCGGAGAAUAUCCGAGAAUUUGCAGCAGACUACUUCACCAACCCGGAGCUGCCGAAGAAGAUCGAAGAGAAGAUGACGGAGAAGCUAAACCAGGCUACUUAA